UGAAUAUAUUUAGUAUAAUUUUAUCUAAAAAAAAAGUAUACCAUUUUUAAUGUUUCAAUAUUUUUAUUUUUCAGAAAUUCACCGAGUUGGAUGGUCCUCCCUUUCCUCCUGAGGAGCCUCCACUGAUGUGUGUGUUUGUUUGCAGGAGGCAGUGGAAAGAAGGAUCGUUCAGGUCUGAGCGAGUCUUUCCUGUUGAUGGCUAACUCUCAGAGAGACAUGGAGGAGUGGGUCAGAGCCAUACAAAGAGCCAUAUGGGCCCCGCUAGGAGGAGGUAUCUUCGGGCAGCAUCUGGAAGAGACAAUGCAGUGUGAGAGUGGGUGUGGCAGCAAGACUGUGGUGCCUCUGCUGGUGCACCAGUGUGUGUGUUUUAUACACCAGCACGGCCUUACAGAGGAGGGGCUGUUUAGAAUGCCUGGACAGACCAAUCAUGUACAAGAGCUGCAGGAUGCCUUCGACUGUGGGGAGAAACCACUGUUUGACAGUAACACUGAUGUCCACACGGUGGCAUCCCUGCUGAAGCUUUACCUCAGAGAGCUGCCGGAGCCUGUGGUGCCUUUCAACAAAUACACAGAGUUCCUCUCCACCGCUCAGCUACUGACCAAGGACAAGGAGGAGGGGAUCUUUGAGCUGGGAAGGCAGGUGAGGACUCUUCCUCAGGUCAACUUCAACCUCCUGAAAUACAUCUGCAGAUUCCUAGAUGAGGUCCAGUCUCACUCCAGUCAGAACAAGAUGAGUGUUCAGAACCUGGCCACUGUGUUCGGACCCAACAUCCUCCGACCCAAGAUGGAGGAUGCACAAACCAUGAUGGAGGGCAGUUCCCAGGUGCAGCACCUGAUGACCAUACUGAUCAGUGAACAUUCUCGUCUGUACCAGGGAGAGGCAGAGACUCCCAGGGAGGACCAAUUUGCCCCUGCUCCAACUCCCUAUCCCCAGGCCCCCCCAAUUCACCAAUGCAUGGUGGCGUGGCUCUCACAGCAGAGCCCCACCAACCCCACCCAGCCCUAUCCCUCCCUGGGACAGACCCCUAACACCCCAAGUCAGGAACCACUUCAACCCAUCCCAACCUCCAGUGGCUCCUCUCUCAAAACUGACCACCCUGGAUCAACCACCCAGGGAAGAAAAGAGGGGUAUUCUGAGGGAAAGAGUGACGGAAGAACAGAAGGAAAGAUGGAGAGAAAGAGUGAAGGAAAGAAUGAAAGAACGCUCUCGGGUGGUAGUGGUGCAGCGCUCGGUCCCAGUAAACAGCCCAAAAGCCUGUCUUCAUGGAGGUCCUCCUUGAAGGGCAGGUCGGGGUCAAUAGGGGUGAGGGGGAAGAUAGGAGGGUCAGCGGUUGACAUGUCGACUGUCACCGGGGGCAACUGGUGGAUGAACGGCUUGUCACCCUUCCACAGUCACCGACGGACCGCUUUGACCGGCAAACGACUCAAAGAGUCCUCGCUUUCCCUGACAGAGACACACAAAGACUCUCUGCCAGACUCCUAUACUGGGUCCUCUUUGUCGAUAAAAUACUCUUCACACUCCCAAAGAAGCUUGCUAAAAGACUCAUCUCCUUUACAUAUAGACUCUUCCAGUUCUAGUAUAGACUCCUCCUUUCCCAAUAUAAAGACCUCCAUCUCUGUCAAAAACUCCUCCCAUUCCAACAGGCUCUCGACCUAUGACAACGUUACCAUCAAUUCCUGCAGUCUGAGCUUGCCCGGUGGAAGCCCCUCCCCCUGGACCUCCUAUGAGAUCUCAUUGGCUGAAUCUACAGAAACUGAUCGCACCACACUGAACUCUGUGGCGGGGUCCUCGGGGUCCUCGGUGCCAGGGUCCAGUAGCUCUGCUCUGGAGCUGUGUGUGAGCAGCGCUGGCUGCAGCAAGGGUGACCCUGGAGAUGACAUCACAGGUCUGAGGUCAGAGGUCAAUGAGGGUCUGUUUAGCCUUGUGACAGAUCUGAAGGAGGAGCUGAGGCGACAGAGGUUCAGCUAUGAGACACAAAUACGCAAAUUGGAGGAGUCAUAUUCAGGUCUUCGUCUCCAGGCUGGUCGUUUAGAAGAGGAUCUUAACCAGGAGAAGAAGAGGUUCCGCAUGCUGGAGAUCCGACUGGGGAACUCUAAACGCGCAAGGCAGGAUGCAGAGACUUGGAAUGUUCUUCUGCAGAAAGAGAAAAAGUUCUGGGAGACCUGACCACUGGCACACAAACCAGCUAGACCUGAGCUGACAGUGUCAGCCCAUUGAGCUAAAGCCUAGGCAUUCACUAUGGGAGCUAACACAGGUCAAGUUCAAUUCUGCUACAAUCAGAAAAAAUGUCAGAAAAAUAAUGAAAGUCUUGAAUUAAACAGGAAAGUACUAUCUGAGCUUGUUCAACAAGAAAUGCUAUAUUUUGUGUUCAUUGCUAAAUGUUUUGCUACUGUGUGCUCUAAUGAACACAACCUAAGUGUCUCUCCGCCUGUGUAUUUAGGACUAGGCUUAAUUAUGUGUCCAUGAAAACGGACCAUAGAGUAUUCAUUCAGAGGUUGCUCAAGACUGUUGUGAUACAGAAGGGGUUUUAUGUUUUUCUUAUCUGAAGUCUACUGCUGUCUAUUACUCUGUAUGCAUCGUCAUUCUUGGUAACUGUGGGCCAGUUUCACAGAAACAGAUUUAGCCUAGUCCUGGACUAUGAAGCACUUUCAAUGGAGAUGGCCCAUUGAGUUUAUUUCAGGAUUAGGUUUACGCCAGGAUUCAGUCCGAUUGCGCUUUGUUGGCUAUGCACCUCUUAAAGGUCAUUUUCCUGCAUUUGUGGAGACAGCAUUCAUGGUAAAUCCUACAUUAUUUGGCUAAAUUGAAAAUUACCUUUAAAUGUCAAGCGCAUUAUAACACGGAUCGCCUGCUGAUAGGUUUGAAUCCCUGCCUUAAUCUUUGUCUGAGAAACCACCUUUGUGUGUACUAGACUGUUAUUGAUCUCUUUAAAGAUGAACCUCUAAAUGGUUAAAUGUGAUACUUACUGAGCUAACACUGUACUGUUAAAAAAACAACCUCUCAGGUGUUCUAAAUAUUCUGGUCUGAGAGAUGAUGUACUGUAUCUCUAUUCCCGUACUUGAAUACUCUUCUGAAAUAGACGACUUUUACCACGCCACGGUUUCACCACACUACAGAACAUUUUGCUGACUUGUUUCUGAUUUAAGAAACAGGCCUUGUUUAUCAUAGCGAUAUCAGGUACAGACUUUUGUACAGGCUCAAACUGACUAGACUAAUGAAAGCCUCUGAGCAUUUGUCAUUAUAAACUAAUGUCCUUACAAGAAGUAUGCGUUGAGAAUAAAAACAAUUCAAACAGAAUCAAAUUCAACCCUUUAUUUGCAGAAGUUGAAGGUUGACAUUGACCGACCAUUUCCAGUGUGUACAUUACUGUAGGUCUGUAGUAAGACCUUGUCCAGAUCAAAAGGCUAACAUUUACAUAACCGGCCUUUGUGGAAAACACCACGAAACCUGAGUUGCGUUCAAGAGUGUGAAACGUACUAUAUUGAUUCCAUGAAUAAGAACUGAGAUGCUCCCAUAUCUAUUUGCACGUUCCACAAUGUUGUACCCUCCUGAAUGCAGCCUUGUUUCUGGUGUGCGAUAGGCCUGACCACAGCCAGGGAAUGGGUCCAGUUCCAAACAUAAACAGGGCCUAUAGGGAUUGAACGGCGAGGAGCCAUCAAAUACAUUUUAAUCCAAAAAAAGAAAAAAUGUCGAGUAGCAAACCUUUUCAACCCCCUGGAGAACAUCCAUCUAA